UGGUCUUAAUGGUUAUGUUGACUGAACUGUAUGCAAAAGAGAACACACAGGACUUCAUCAGUAAAUACAACAAAUACAACACCGUUUGUCGAGGAAUGGGAUACGAACGAAAAAGUUGCAAAGGAAAAUAUCCUGAGUUAUUCCCCUUUGAAACUCUUCAACGAAUCGUAGCUUUCCAUGCACGGAUGUCCUCCCAUCAACAAAAUAUCGGUAGCCAGGCUGUAGUUGUAUUUGGGAAAGUAACUCUAAACUCUGGAUCCGCCUAUAACGGUAACACGGGGAUAUUCACAGCACCAACAGAUGGCAUUUACUCCUUCACAUGGACUAUUUUGACUACGCCUGGGUCAAAAUUUAUCACUGAAAUUGUCAUCAAUGGAAAUAUAGUUGGUUAUGAUUAUGCUAACGGUAAAUCUUAAGGUUCUCACCACGACUCUUCCUCAACCCCAGCAGUGAU